CCACCCUCGGACAGAGAUCAGGCAAAGCAGCAAAGAAGACAAAGGAAGGAACAGAGUACGAAUGCUGCGGGGAUUAUUAUGAAGCAGUCACUGCCUCUUCCCCUAUAAAUCGCUGGCCGUUGCCGCUUUGCUUCACCGCAACGAAAUCCCCCUCGACAGGAAGAACAAUGCCAGCUGCCCGGCAACACCUGUUCCUCCUCUGCCUCCUCCUCCCCAUCUCCUUAUCCUAUGAAAUCCAGCUGAUACUGGUGAACAACUGCAACUACAGCGUGUGGCCUGGAGUGCUCGGCAGCGCCGGUCAUGCAACACCAGAGGACGGCGGCUUCCACCUCGGCCUCGGCGAGGAGGCGGUCUUCGACGUGCCGAGCUGGUGGUCGGGGCGGGUCUGGGGCAGGCAGGGCUGCGGUUUCGACGGCCAAGGGAAAGGGAGCUGCGACAGCGGCGACUGCGGCGGGAUGCUGCAGUGCAAGGGCGCCGGAGGAGCGCCACCGGCGACGGUGGUGGAGAUGACCUUCGGCACCGACCGGUCACCUCUCCACUUCUACGACGUGAGCCUGGUCGACGGCUUCAACCUCCCCGUCACCAUGGCCCCGGUCGGGGGAGGUGUUGGCUGCGGCGUGGCCGGGUGCGAGGUGGACUUGAACGUCUGCUGCCCUUCCAAGCUCGAGGUGAAGCGGAACGGGAAGGUGGUGGGGUGCAAGAGCGCGUGCUUGGCGCUGAAGGCGGACAAGUACUGCUGCACCGGGGACUACGGCUCGCCCAAGAUCUGCAAACCCACCCUCUUCUCCCAUCUCUUCAAGUCCAUUUGCCCUCGUGCUUACAGCUUCGCCUUCGACGACUCUUCCAGCCUGAACAUAUGCAGGGCAUCGAGAUACCUCAUCACCUUCUGCCCUCCUGCAAGAUAGAUAGACAGACAGACACAAAGAGAGAGAGAGAGAGAGAUGCAUGUGUUCUGUGAAAUGUAAGCAGGACCUUCAUAUGUUAUUUAGCUGUUACUGCUCUACUGGUAGAUGUAUCUUCAGCAUCUCUCUCUCUCUCUCUCUCUCUCUCUCUCUACCAUCUGAGACACCUGAGGUUGCCAAAUACAACAAUUGCAUGCACGCAAAAAGCCUGGCAAUGGCAAGUCUCGGAAUAAUACAUGACAAGUAAGCACAUGAACUGUAGCACUUCACAUAAACAGCCAUAAGUCGAAUUUUGCAAAGACAUUGGAAUAAAUAGGUAGAAUUAGCUACUACCUAAAUUGUAUCUCAGGAACAUUCCAUGAUCAAAUAAAACAGGAACACGAAACAACCUUUCGGACAGACGAACAGCUCUCGGUAACCGACAUUUUUUACAGUCUUUCUUGUUAACAUUUCUUCAUCACCAUCUUUUAAUUUACACCCAUAUAAACCUUGUACAAACAACUAUCUUCUCUGUGAAGACAUCAUAUAUGUGCUAACCCAUCUGAGCCUCAGCCAUGGUGUGACAAACUAUUAGUUCACCUAGAGAAUGUACAAACUUCAGUACAAGCAGCAUUAUUAUUGCCAACUAAGCCUGUA